AUGUUCUUGGUCGUCUUUUCUCUAGCCCGAUACUCUUCGUGGUUGUUGAAUGAAGUUCAAGCGGGUCUUCUCCGGGUGGAUCGUACGGGCCGUUCCGCGAUCGCGUGGAACCGCGCGAUUGAGCUCGAAACAACAUCGCAAGCAAAUCACCUUCAUCGCGUCUGUUAUGUCUUUACGGUCCUACGCGCCUUUCCUUGUACAUUUGCGGCAUCUGCUCGCCCGACACGCCUCUGCUACCAGAUUCCUAUCCACUGCUGCUACUUCAGCAUUGCCAACAACGCCUACUUUGGUCUUCGCGAGCUUCCCAUUCACCCUCCGUCGCCAUCGCUACAACCUUCGCAGGCCUUAAAUGAUCUUGGCUGCUGCUGGGACAUGAGAUGGAGCGACCAAGUUCGCUUUCGCAUGUCGUCUUCAUGCUGUCGCUCGCGUCGUAACAGUGCCAUCUCGCCGCCGUCUGUCGCAUGGCAAGCCUUCGCCUUGGAUCUGGACCUGCUGUCCCCCGUUACCAACGUGGCCCGCCUGCGAGGCAUAUGGACUUUUAGGCAUGAACAAUGA